GUUACUAUCUGUUGAAAUCGAGAUGAUAAAGAGGAUUUGGAGGAAUAAAUUAUAUUGCUUUAUCUACCUUAUCUUAUUAGAGUUACGCAAUUUAAAUGCAAACAUCGCGACGCCUAAAAAUGCGCUCUUACUUUUGGCCGAUGAUGGAGGGUUUGAAAUGCGAUCCUAUUUGAAUAAAAUUUGCCAGACACCUAAUUUAGAUAAUUUGGCAAAAGAAAGUUUGCUAUUUAACAAUGCGUAUUCUUCCGUCAGCAGCUGUUCACCUAGUCGUUCCUCUUUACUCACCGGUUUACCAUGUCAUCAAAACGGAAUGUAUGGUCUUCACCAUGGAAUUCAUCACUUUAAUUCAUUUGAAAAUGUGCAGAGCUUACCAAAAAUAUUAAAGAAAAAUAAUAUACGGACAGGUAUUAUUGGUAAAAAGCAUGUAGGACCAAACAGUGUAUAUCCCUUUGACUUUUCGCAAACAGAAGAGAAUAAUUCUAUACUUCAAGUUGGUCGCAACAUCACUAAAAUCAAACUUUUGGUGAGGGAAUUCCUCUCCAACAAUGACACAAGGCCCUUCUUUUUGUAUGUUGCAUUUCAUGACCCACAUCGUUGUGGUCAUUCUCAUCCGGAGUAUGGAAACUUUUGUGAAAAAUUUGGUAACGGAGAUGUUGGCAUGGGUAAUAUCCCUGACUGGUAUCCAAUAUACUAUCAGUGGGAUCAAGUGAAAGUUCCUUAUUUCGUUCAGAAUACAGAAGCUUCUAGGCGAGACAUUGCUGCUCAAUAUACAACUAUUUCUCGGUUAGAUCAAGGCAUAGGUUUAGUUCUGAAAGAACUGGAAAGCGCUGGUUUUAAGGAUAACACAUUAGUGAUCUAUACGUCUGACAAUGGUAUACCAUUCCCUAAUGGGCGAACAAAUUUGUACGAGCCAGGUCUGGCGGAACCUAUGAUGAUCAAAUCACCAAUCCAUAAUCAUAGAAAAAAUAGCGUAACAUAUAGCUUAACAUCUUUAUUGGAUGUUGUUCCAACAUUAUUGGACUGGUUCGAUAUACCCUAUAAGAAUCAAUAUUCAUUCAAUACGAAUGAAGUAUUUCCUCUACAGUUAACAGGCAAAUCGCUUCUUCCUCUUCUCAUCGAAGAGCCAAUAGAAAACAACACUGCUAUUUUUGCUAGCCAGUCGCAUCAUGAAAUUACCAUGUAUUACCCCAUGCGUGCUAUCAGAACCAAAAGAUAUAAACUUAUACACAAUAUUAAUUACAAAAUGCCCUUUCCCAUUGAUCAAGACUUUUAUGUUUCUCCAACAUUUCAGGACCUCUUAAAUAGAACCAGAAACAAUCAACCACUUAUGUGGUAUAAAACAUUACAAAGUUAUUACGAGAGACCCGAAUGGGAAUUAUACGAUUUAAAGUAUGAUCCAGAAGAAAGAAAUAAUAUUGCCUCCAAGUUAUUUGUAAAGGAAAUAUUUACUGAUUUACAAAAACGAUUAUUCGAGUGGCAGAAAGUAACAGACGACCCAUGGCGUUGCGCACCAAGAGGUGUUCUCAAUGAUAAGACUAAAUAUUCUCAAUGUAUGCCACUUGAAAAUCUUCUUUAAAUAUAAUAUACCUAAUUCAAUUUUUGCAAUGAAGAUUUUAUAUCAAAUGUAUUAUAAGGACAAAUAAAAAUCAGUUUCGACAGGACCUGUUAACUACACAAGGUUGGUUAUAAUCAAACAGUGAAAGGACUACAAAUAAAUGAGUAUUACCAGA